AGAGCAGAAGAGAUAGACCCUACCUCUGCACUGGAACAGUGGCAAAGAAUGUGGGAUCAUCUUUAAUCCAGACAUAGCAGUGCAGUGGGUAUGAAUAUAAAACGUACAACCAAAGGGCAAGCAUGGGUUAUUGGCAGUCACUCCUCAUGGGAAGAGUGUUGAAGUGAACCAGCACAGUGGGUAACACGGCAUCAAGGAAUAAACAGAUGCAGGACCGAGGAAUUUAACCUGCCAGAACCUUGAACUGAGUGAGCCUCAGAGGUUAGGACAUCUAAGUGUGGGCUUUCAAACCCUGUCUGUCUGCAGUGGGUUUCUGACAGGAAGAACUAGAUUGUGAAAUGUCAGCUUCCUAAGCUCACUGUUGGGAAAGAUGGAAGAAGAACUGGAAUGUCCAAACCCUGCCUCUGAAAGACGCUAUUUUCCUGAAUCCCUUGAUUCCAGCGAUGGGGAUGAGGAAGGGGUGCUGACCUGUGAGGAUUUGGAACUGAACCCUUUUGAUGGAUUGCCGUACUCAUCUCGCUACUAUAAACUUCUGAAAGAAAGAGAAGAUCUUCCAAUAUGGAAAGAAAAAUACUCCUUUAUGGAGAAUCUACUUCAAAAUCAAAUUGUUGUUGUCUCAGGAGAUGCUAAAUGUGGCAAGAGUUCUCAGGUCCCUCAGUGGUGUGCUGAAUAUUGCCUCUCCAUCCACUACCAGCACGGGGGUGUGAUAUGCACUCAGGUGCACAAGCAGACUGCGGUGCAGCUUGCCCUGCGAGUAGCAGACGAAAUGGACGUUAACAUUGGUCAUGAAGUUGGCUAUGUGAUCCCUUUUGAAAACUGCUGUACCAGUGAAACAAUUCUGAGGUACUGUACUGAUGAUAUGUUGCAAAGAGAAAUGAUGUCCAAUCCUUUUUUGGGUAACUAUGGGGUCAUCAUUUUAGAUGAUAUUCAUGAAAGAAGCAUUGCAACAGAUGUGUUACUUGGACUUCUUAAAGAUGUUUUACUGGCAAGACCAGAACUGAAGCUCAUAAUUAACUCCUCACCCCUCCUGAUCAGCAAACUCAGUUCUUACUAUGGAAACGUGCCUGUCAUAGAAGUGAAAAAUAAGCACCCUGUGGAGGUUGUGUACCUUAGUGGGGCUCAAAAGGAUUCUUUCGAGUCUAUUUUACGCCUUAUCUUUGAAAUUCACCACUCCGGUGAGAAGGGUGACAUUGUAGUCUUUCUGGCCUGUGAACAAGAUAUAGAAAAAGGUUAUGAGCUUGUCUGUCAAGAAGGAUCUAACUUAAACCCAGACCUUGGAGAACUGGUGGUUGUUCCUUUGUAUCCUCAAGAGAAGUGCACACUGUUCAAGCCAACUGAUGACACAGAGAAAAGAUGCCAAGUUUAUCAAAGAAGAGUGGUAUUAACCACUAGUUCUGGGGAAUCUUUGAUCUGGAGCAACACAGUCAGAUUUGUUAUUGAUGUGGGUGUGGAAAGAAGAAAGGUGUACAACCCCAGAAUCAGAGCCAACUCCCUCAUCAUGCAGCCCAUCAGCCAAAGCCAAGCAGAGAUUCGCAAGCAAAUUCUCGGGUCAUCUACUUCAGGAAAAUUUUUCUGUCUGUACACUGAAGAAUUUGCCUCCAAAGACAUGAGGCCACUUAAACCAGCAGAAAUGCAGGAAGCCAACCUAACCAACAUGGUGCUUUUCAUGAAGAGGAUAGACAUUGCAGGCUUAGGCCAUUGCGACUUCAUGAACAGACCAGCACCAGAAAGUUUGAUGCAGGCAUUGGAAGACCUGGAUUAUCUGGCAGCACUGGACAAUGAUGGGAAUCUUUCUGAAUUUGGAAUCAUCAUGUCAGAGUUUCCUCUGGAUCCGCAGCUGUCAAAGUCUAUCUUAGCAUCCUGUGAAUUUGACUGUGUAGAUGAGAUGCUAACCAUUGCUGCUAUGGUAACAGCUAAUUGCUUUCCACAUCUGCCUCAUGGAGCUGAGGAGGCUGCCUUGAUGUGUUGGAAGACAUUUCUACAUCCUGAAGGCGAUCACUUUACCCUCAUCAACAUUUAUAAGGCCUACCAAGACAUAACUCUGAACUCUACCAGUGAGCACUAUGUGGAAAAGUGGUGUCAUGAUUACUUCCUCAACUAUUCUGCUCUCAGGAUGGCAGAUGUUAUCCGAGCCGAACUCUUAGAAAUUAUCAAGCGAAUUGAGCUUCCCUAUGCAGAACCUGCUUUUGGCUCCAAGGAAAACAAUCUGAACAUCAAGAAAGCACUGUUGUCUGGUUACUUUAUGCAGAUUGCUCGAGAUGUCGAUGGGUCAGGUAACUACUUAAUACUGACACAUAAGCAGGUGGCUCAGCUGCAUCCCCUGUCUAGUUAUUCCAUCACCAAGAAAAUGCCCGAGUGGGUCCUCUUCCACCAGUUCAGCGUAUCUGAGAACAACUACAUCAGGAUCACCACUGCAGUCUCUCCUGAACUAUUUAUGCAACUGGUACCACAAUACUAUUUCAGUAAUCUGCCUCCUAGUGAAAGCAAGGAUAUCCUACAGCAAGUAAUGGAUCGCUUGUCUCCUGUUUCAACGAUGAAACAGGAACAGACAACGUGUGAGAAGUGCCCUGAAACUACUGAACAGAGAUGCACUAUUCAGUGACUGCCCACUAAAGCCA